AUGCCUCUCGAAAAUCGACGGCGACUUCCCCGCAUACCCCUAAGCAAGCGAAAUCGGGCUGUCGUGAGGGCUCUUAACCCAAUGCUGGUAACCUAUUUGGAAGCCAGCCGGGACCUUUGCGAGACGGACUCAGUUCUUUUUGGCGCCGCAGUGGCAGCUUGCCGUAUUAUUGGCGCCAAACUUCCCAUGGCUGGACGCGCUACUAAACAAAGUAGCGCCAUCCCAGCCUGGAGAAAAAGAAUUGAGGACCGUAUCGCAAAGGCAAGGGCCCUUAUCGGCAGACUGAUAAGCUUCAGGUCGGGUAAUAAUAGACCGAGGGUUGUGCGCACCGUUAGAAUGGCGUUUGCUGGGACAAAUAUCAGUUUGUCCCAGCCGGAUAUCACGCAGAAACUAACGGAGCGCAUAGACGACCUGAAGCAAAAGAUUGCCGCUUGGGGGAAGCGGAUUCGCUGA